AUCUUCCUCAAUAUCGAGUGGGAAAGAGGUCAGUCAGAGAUCUGCUUCUCGAUAGCCUGAUUCAAGGCCUCCUCGCCCAUGCGUCCGCAUUGGGCUCCAGAGCUCUCACCACCAACCACGUGGCCCCUCGGAUCCAUCGAAAGCAAACAUUGGGCCCCUCGGUUUGGCCAUCCAUAUGCCGACUGGUUUUAGGUUUUUAGGUUCCAGAGUAAUUUUUCUAUCCCCAUCAUGAUUGGAGUGGGACCAGGAACACACCGCCUCAUUUCGGUACCAUUGGGCGCAAUGAGAUCACCAACCUUGCAUCGCUUCGUUUCGGUGGGAUAUCAAGCGCACAGGGCUGUGUUGCCUGGCCCAGAUUGUGAUGAGUCUGCGGGACGAGCGCGUCCGUAUAAAUAUGGGCUUCCGCCGGGGUUUGUCUGUCUUCUCGUAUCAGCCUGUUCUGUCUGCUACACCUUGGUCUUGAUUUCGAAUUCUGUUCGACAACUCAUCGUCAAUCUCUCCCUUCUUCAAAUCCUUAUCAUCACCACCCAAGGGUGCAAAGAGAUACUCGAAGAGUCUGGUUCAUGGAGCCUUUCAAGUUCCAGUUUCGAACAUCGACGAUGCUGGUGUCAUGGAUCAAUGGCUUCAGCCUGGUGAGUUGUCACGAGAGACUGAUUGGCUGACACGAUUCAUGCCCGUUACCACAACUUUCAAGAUAGACCAGAGUUCCGUGGGGGGCACCCUGCUCCGCCCCAGCGCGAUGAUGGCACUGGCCGCUUGCCUCAGGCGGCCGCCCGCUGAACACACACCCCAUCCAUCCAU